AUGCACAAGGUUGACAUUGGGCAUCAUUUGUGGGAUCUCAGUUCGGAACUCAAGCAUCGGCAUGGCUCAUCUAAUCAAAUGACUUUAACCUACAAAGAUGCCUAUCACUCAUAUGGGCGGAUCUUCUGUAUUUAGCCGUCGCUUCCUUGGGCUGAUGACCUCAGUGGCUACUAUCGCCCGGUCAAUUCUAAUCUCCGCUCCCAAGCUAACCUCAAGUGAAGACGGUGAGAAAAAAACGACAGGCAAAAGAGCAUAAUAGGGAACGGGCGAGCUGAGGAAGUAGCUAACAUUACGGGCGAGCGGUGAGAUAAGCACUAUCCUACUUUGUGGAGACUGUGGAGAGACCGAGGGGGCGCUUCAUAGUUUUCAAAGAGGUUUUCUUUUUUAAGAAGCAGAUCAUCGUCAUCAUCAUCCCAUAUCGUAUCUUAAUAUCUUGAUUCCACUCCUGCACUACUGCUCUUCGCAUUCCACCUUAGCUCUCGCACGCACCCAUACACCAUGAAGUGGUCAAGGAAACACUCUUCCGACUCGGACACCGCAACGGCCGUCAGCGGUCGACAGCAACCGAGCGCAGAGGUCAAAGGCGAGAAGACUUACGGUACCCAGACCGUCACUCCGGCCACCGAGCAAGGGUCGGAAUUCGAGGCAUCUGGUCAAAACAAAGGCAAUGCAGACGCCGUAUGGGGUGAUGUCGGUGAAGGUGGGCCAAAUUAUCGAUCAUUGGGAUGGAUCAGAGCAGCUGUUUUGGAGACGAAGACCCAGAUCGGUCUCGGGGUACUCGGUCUGCCAGCAGUUCUCGAUACCUUGGGAUUCGUACCUGGCAUGAUUGUUAUCAUCGCCAUGGCUGUGAUCAUUACUUGGACCGACUAUGUAAUCGGCACCUUCAAAUUGAAUCACCCUCAUGUCUACUCCUUGGGAGAUGUCGGAGAAAUCUUCUUCGGCCGAGUAGGACGAGAGAUCUGGGGAUUCAGUUAUUGGCUCAUGUUGACGGCCAUCGCGGCAAGUGGAUUUCUCAGUUUCUCCAUCGCCUUGAACGCUGUUUCCUCUCACGGCACAUGUACCGUUGUCUUUGUCGCUGUCGCUGCUAUCGUCGUGUUCCUCGUCGCUUCCAUCCAAACCCUUAGCAAGAUCUCGUGGCUUGGCUGGGUGGGACUGGUCUCGAUCCUGUCCGCGGUCAUCACGCUUGCCAUCUCCGUCGGAGUGCAGGAUAGACCAUCAGCUGCACCUCAAAACGGCCCAUUCUUCAAGGAUGUCCAGACUGUAGGCCACCCAACCUUCAUCGACUUCAUGAACGCGGUCAACACUGUGCUGUUCGCAUACGCUGGUACUCCAAAUUUCAUGCCGAUCGUGUCCGAGAUGAAAUUGACAAAGCCUACCGAUUACUCAAAGUCGGUCAUUCUAUGUCAGACAUUCGUGACAGUCGUAUAUUGCGUCAUUGGAGGAGUCACGUAUCACUACACGGGAAAAUACAUCGCGUCGCCCGCCCUAGGAUCUGCUGGACCUUUGCUCAAGAAGGUAUGCUACGGAAUCGCCAUACCAGGACUUUUGGUCGGCAGUCUUCUCAAUAGCCACCUUGGGAGCAAGUUUUUGUUUGUCCGAGCUUUGGGAGGUACGCGCCACUUGUCCAGUAACACAAAGACCCAUAACAUUGUCUGGUAUGGGACCGUCGCUGCCAACUGUGUCAUAGCUUUCGUUAUCGCCGAAGCGAUCCCGGUCUUUAGCGAUCUUCUGUCGAUUAUCGGUGCCAUCCUCGGAACUUUCCUUUGCAUCCAAACAGAAACCUUUAUGUGGAUCUACGACAAUGUGCGCAAUCAACGAACUCGUAACUGGUACCUUCUCAUGGCCAUGAACAUUAUCUUCAAUCUCAUUGGGUGGUUCAUCAUGGGUGCCGGAACAUACGCCGCUGUCAUGCAGAUCAAGGCCGAUGUCGGCGCGGGUAACAAGACAUCACCAUUCUCAUGUGCCAAUAAUAGCGGAAACUAGGGGCACUGAGCGGAGAGUACUUUAUGAGCUGAAACGAAGUAUAGUAAGGCAGACCAAAUGUAUUUCUGAACGAGACAUUGGCAGCAUGCGUAUGAAUAUCGUGGAACGGG